AUGAAAGAAUUACCGGAACGUAGUCUUCCCGGGUUACAUGAACAUCGCCCCGUUUUGUACAACCUCGUAGCUGUUGAUUUUGAAGUGUAUGGCAAGGUGCACGGCGUUCAUUUUGAGGAGUUUACGAAAGAACAAGCAGAUAAGCUAGGUGUUCGAGGCUGGUGCAUGAAUACGGCACACGGCACUGUACAGGGACAAUUACAAGGAUCGGAGGACAACAUACAAGCCAUGAUGAAUUGGUUAAAAUCGAAAGGUAGCCCAGCCAGCGAAAUAGAGAGGGCUGAAUUUCGGAAUCAACAGAGUAUCCUAGAGUUGACUUUUAACGAUUUUACGAUCCGUCGAGAGUAG